AAUAAAUAAAAACACGUCUGUAUUAAAGAACUAAAUAUUGAUAAACACGUCUUUGGUAUGUAAUUAAAUGACUUUCUUGUUUAUUUUUAUUUAUUUUCAUAUAAAAGCAACAGAACUUGAAUUACAUCCAGCUUAUUAGGCAACCCUGCUGACCCUGUGCACGAGUGUGAAUCCCGCGAUAGCCAUCUUUGAUCUCACAGGUGUCAGAUCCACCACGAGAAGAGAUGUGUCCGGCUUGCUUGCGUGCGCUUUAUUCACUCCUCCUCUCACUGAAGCCGCCUACUCUUGCAUACAUUUCAGGCGAGGCAAGGCGCAUCUCAAACAAGCCUAAUCACUAAACAUCUGAAGCCACACCCCCAUGUCAAUCAGAAACACCUGUCACAUGAUCACUGAUAGCACAUGUCUCAGCAGUCAGUCGAACAACAAAAGGAUUAACUUUAGCAAAUCCUCAGACUACAGUGUUAGUUUUUUUUUCAGGUCCCACACGAUGUUGGAGUGCUCCGACACGAGCCGUAAUCCAAUACAUUUGGAUUUUCCAUACUCCUUUUCAGAGAACGGUCACCUGCGGCACAAAGUGACCGGUGAACCCUACAAGUUCACCUUCAGACUUGAUGACGUCCGUGGAACCGAACGGGAACAUCACAACCUCUGUCACUACAUCACUCAGCACGUGUAUGAUCUCUUAGAGAGGAACUUUCACCUUAUAAGGGUGCAUCUCGAGGAGGACGGUUUUGUAUUCAUGAGUCCUGGGGCGCUGUAUCAUCCUGGGAGUCUUCUGGUUCUGAUUCAGGACUGGGGAACAGUGCGGAGCGGCGUGUGGAGCUGGAAGCUUUCAGCUCACGAGGGACUGGAGCGAGGCAGUCAGAUCCCGUAUCUUCGCUGGGCUGCGCUGGAGUCAUGUGCCGUUAUCAUCAUGAACCCUAACGAGGGUGGGAAAACUCUAGAGCAUCACGUCCAUCUGGUCUGGGAACGCUUAGUUUCCCGGAGCUCCGCUGAGCACAUAUUUGUGGUCGCUCAUGGCUAUGGAGGCUUGGCUUUUGUGGAUCUGCUUUGCUGUCAGCUUGAAGAGGUUCAGCGUCGUGUGACGGCUGUGGCUUUCUUGGAUUCGUCUCACAACCUGUGGCAUCAGCCGCUGGGAAAGGCUGGACGCGACUGGCUAAAAUCCCACUCCAGAACUUGGAUUCUCAGCACCAAACCCCUGAAUCGCUCCGUCGGGUCUCUGAAGGCCGGCUGCCCGCAGAUUUCUGCAGGUACUCAGUGUCACGACUCUGCGCCCAUCAUCUGCAUGGAGUCUGUUUUUCGCUUCUUCAGUAAGACCAUCCAACCUAAAGCCACACCAACUCCAUUUGAAAUCAUCACCAGGAGCAAGAGCCGUGCAAAGGACCAAAACAACAACUCAAUAUGAUCACGCAAAUGGACUGACCUGAAGGAUCUCUGAAAUAAAUAAAAGACUAUGCAUUAAAGUUCGCAUUUCUGUCUGGUUAUUGUAAAAAAAAAAAAAAAAAAAAAAAA